AUGUCACGAGAGAACAGCGGUGGCUGCAUCGCUUUGCAGGGAAAGAGACCAGUGGAAGCAGAAGCGAUCCCGGUCGAGUCAGAGGUCAAGAAGCCUGAGCCAGAGGUCAAAGACUCCCAGCCACAAGAGAGCCCUCAGCAGGUGGCCGAAGCGGAACCUCAGAAGGAGACGGAGAAGGAGACGCAAGCGCCGGAGGUCGAAGCAGCGCCGGAGCAGCCAGUGGAGGCCCAGCCAGAGACGACGCUGCAGGGCAGUGAGUGA